AUGCUGCGGGCGCGCCUCCGCCCGGGGCGGCUGCUGUCCGCCCCUCCGCUCCGCCCGCCCGCGCCGCGGGGAGCCUCUGCCGCCGGGGAUCCCGCCCGGAGCCCGGGCACCACCCGCGCUGAGCAGGCUCACAGGGUGGUCGCAAGUUACAAACCUUCGAAGUUUGACAAAAAAAUCCUUCUCUGGACUGGACGUUUCAAGACAGAAGAAGAGAUUCCUCUGAGGAUCCCGCCAGAGAUGCUAGACAAGGCAAGAAACAAAGCUCGAGUGAAAGCCUGUUACAUCAUGAUUGGGCUCUCAAUUAUUGCCUGUUUUGCGGUGAUUGCUUCAGCUAAGAAGGCUGCUGCACGUCACGAGUCCUUGACAAGCUUAAAUUUGGCAAAGAAGGCCAAGUGGCGGGAGGAGGCUGCACUGGCUGCAGAGGCAAAGACAAAGUAACUUCGCCUGAAAUGCUGAAGGUCCCCGGAAGAGCAAAAUUAACUGCUGCUGAGAGCAACUAGUGAGUUUCACCCCUACAUGAACAACUAUAGUACCCACACCCUGGAGCCAGUAAGGGCAGCUACGGCACUACAAAAAGAAAGGGAAGGUCUCUUUCAUUAGGAAGAUAUUCAGGAUACUUGUUGCAUAUAAUUAAAACUAUUUAGAAUAUUUUGCAUAUGAUUAAAAGCAGUAAUUCAUCUUAUAGGAGAUGAGGUAGUUUCCUAAGAAUGCCAGUUACCUUUGGUUAGAUAACCACAAAGUAUUUAAACCCACGAAGUUUUCUGUCUGGUGACAGUGCAGUUAUUCAGUGAACAAACUGCCACUUGGAAUUCAU